AUGUAUGCCUGGGAACAACACUUCUCGCAACUUAUAUCUGACGUCCGAAAGAAAGAGAUGUCCAAAAUAAGGGGGUCGACCCUUUUGAGGGCCCUAAACAUAUCCAUAUCGAUCAUAUCGGCCAAAGUGAUAAUCUUCACGAUAUUCAUAGUCUAUGUUCUGAUUGGAGAGCACUUGAGCGCCGAGAAGGUGUUCGUAACGAUGGCUAUAUUCAACACAAUACGGCUCACAAUGACCUCCUUUUUCCCGUAUAUGAUAGGCUAUGCCGCGGAGAUAUACGUCUCGUGCAAAAGGGUCCAGAAAUUUCUACUUUUGGAUGAAAUCCAAGUAAAAGGCAUUCAGUAUAAAGACAGUGAUUUGGAUGUCAAGAAAAAUAGCAACGGCUUUAAUAUAGCCUUAAUUGACGCACAAAUAACUAAUCGAUUCAACGAUGGGAACAGUAUUAUCGUGGACAACCUGUCGGCCAAAUGGGAUAUUGACUCUGAUAUAAUAACCCUACAAAACAUAUCAUGCAGUUUACAAACCGGUGAAUUGUUAGCUGUUGUGGGGCCGGUAGGCUCGGGAAAGAGCUCAUUCCUGAUGUCUCUGAUGAAUGAGAUCGAGGUGACUACCGGCGCCGUCCAAGUAGAGGGUACUAUAGCCUACGCCCCGCAGGAGUCAUGGGCUUUCAACGCAACUAUUCUGCAGAAUAUUUUGUUUGGAAAGCCUUACGAAUUAAAGAAAUUCCGUCAAAUAAUGUCCGUCUGCGCGAUGGACAGGGAUUUAAAGCAGUUUCCGUUUGGAGAGAAGACAUUAGUCGGGGAAAGGGGUGUAUCGUUGAGUGGCGGGCAGAAAGCUAGACUCACGUUAGCA